AUGUCUUAUAUUCCUCCACCAACACCGACCUUCGAAAAAGACAGGAUAAGAGCGUUGAAAAAUGAACGAAUCAACUCUCAAAAGAAAACUUUCACUAAGUGGGUUAAUUCCUUUCUUGACAAGGUGAGUUUAUCUCGAUAUGAUCUUGACAUGUGCAAAGCCUCCACCGGAAUAUUUGAAUACCAAUUUUGUUGAUAGUAAUUUUACCUCUUCUAUUUAGGAAUUAAUUUUACAUGUUGAGCGUGCCGAAGGGAAUUUUUUUUGUCGCAAGAGGUCUUCUUCAAAGCUAUAUUUUGAUCUAGCUUUAAAGAACUUUCUAGUAUAAACAAGCUGAACUUUUUAAACAUGGCAUAGGUGUUCUCUGACAAGUUUGCCUUGACUUGUUUUCACUUGCGAAGUUACAAGGCACUAAGUAUGGAAGGAUAUGGGGAGCUUUAGAAGUCUCCUUGUCUCAGUCUGUCAUUACUUGGGCAAAAUUUUUCUUACUCUCCACAUCCUUUUAUCCCUCCCAAAAAUAGUAAGUAUCAGUUGGCAUCCUUGGAAAAAUUAAACCCAAAAAGUUUAUUUUAUUUUCAGCACCUUUGCAAAAGAUAUUUGUGGGGCUACAUUUCAUGUAUUUCUUUUCAGAUAAAAUCCCUCUUUAACCCUCUUCAAGACCAUUAGAAUAUGUUAUAUCAACCUCAACUUUCAUGUUUAAACAAAAUGUUUAAAUUUAGAUUUUCAACAGCUAUAAUCAUUCAAGUCUUCUCAUUCAGAAAAAAGUAUACCCUCCUUUGGAGCACAUACCUGUCAAAGCUAAGGGAGGUUGGGACCCCCUCCCUUGGGGUUUUGCCAUUUGAACCUUUACACACUAACGCCAAUGCACAAAUUCUCAAUACUAUUCCCCAUAUAUUUUCUAGGUUAUUAACAGAGAGAAUUUUCUUUACAAUCAAGAGCUUCUUAAGUUAAGGAUCAUUUCUUCUAUUCUCUUGACCUCAACAUUUGAUUCAUUGUUGUGUAAAGAGAAAUUACAUGUAUUUACUGCACAAGGUGCUCUUUGGGCUUGAAUGGUUAAAGCCACAUCCAAAUGUAUCUGUUUUCAUUUGAAAACGCAGCUGUUUUCUAUGGAUAUGGCUUCUGUCCACAAGUAUCCAAUAAAAAUGAUUACUGAUAAUGGAACUUUUAAAAAACUCUCUCUGGAGUGGAAUUUUUGAAAAUGCUGCUUUCAUGUGUAUGUCAAACUAUCGGUUCAAAUCCAGUCCAUGCAAAUAACAGUGAAUACGUAUGUGUCAAGCAUGGAAAGUUGGGUUAUUGUUUAAAAGUUAUCAUUUUCAAAUCAAUCCAUUGUGUACAUGUGGACGGUGAAAACAAUGCAUUUGACAUGAAUCUUGAUUUGUUCUAGCACAACAGCCAUGUAGAUGACCUAUUCACUGACCUAUCUGAUGGCAGAUUAUUAAUUUCUCUUCUUGAGAUUAUUUCUGGUGAAAAACUGGGAAAAAUUGGUAAGACAGCUAAUUUUUAAUACAUAAUUUUCUGGAGUUUACUUCUCAAUACAAUGUGUAAACAUAAUCAUUAAGUGGGUUAAGUGGCUAAGAUCAAACUCUCUGAACUGAUAAACAAAGUAAAUGUAAUGUUGUCAAUAGUGGUGACUGAUAUUUUGACAACCUGAGCAGAAGGUAUCAUCAGAUUCAAGUGACUAGUUGUUGUCAGUCAGAUGUUCUAAGAACAAAUUUAAACAAGUUUAUACAAAUUUAAACAAGUUAAUAUAAACAAGACUUAGAGAACUUUUGACAGACAUAACUAUUUGCUUAACUCUGAUUAUGCCUUCUGCUCGGAUUAUCAUCAUUACCGACAACAGUCCUUCUCAGGAUUACACUCACCUGAGUAAUCAGACUACACUAUCACAUGUUAUACCCAGGUUCAGAUCAUUUACUGUAUUACAUGUGAUGUCUAUAAAAUUGAGGGGAGAAUUUCUAACUAAAUCAUUGAAGUUUGAGGGUCAAGGUCUUAGUUGGAAAUUAUCAUUAGUUCAUUUGCUACUGUUCAUUACAACUUACCACUGAAUACUUUGUCCUUGCAGCUCGUGGAAAGCUUAGGGUGCAUAAGAUUGAAAAUGUGAACAAAGCCCUUGAAUUUCUACAGCGCUCUGUAAGUCUGAUUCCACAGAACUUUCAUCUCCUGUUUGAUAACAUUAUGGAUAUUAUAUGUGAUAUUUUCUUUAUAUUUAUGCUGUAAAUGCAGGUGAAGCUUGAGAGCAUUGGAGCAGAAGAUAUAGUGGAUGGCAAUGAACGUUUAAUCCUAGCUGUGAUUUGGAUGAUUAUUCUGCGAUUCCAAAUUGCAGAUAUUUCCUAUCAGGUAUAAUGAUAUAUUUAAAUAUUCACAAAACAAUAGAACCCUCCCUCAUUUCUGUACUGCAUGCAGUUAGAGUUUUUUAUAGAUCUUUACAUACAAAGAUAAAAGAUUAUUGUCAUGUACAUCAAAUAAAAUUCACCGUGUAUUUUUGAAAUUUUGAGCAGUUAAGUUGUUUCCUAAAUGGAGGUAACUCUUGACACCCAAACACCAGUAUCAAUAAAUUAUCUCUAUAGUUUUCUCAUACUUGUACAUCCCUUUGGUACCAACAAGGAUAAUUUGUUUAACAAUGAAAGUUUCUUAGGGUUGGCGAUCAUUUUGCUUUUUCUAGUGAUCUUAACCCUUUUUCAAGUGAAUCUUACAAUAUCAAUAAAUGAAUCAAGCUGGCAUAAAUGAGAAUAGAAAAGAAAAUUUAUUAUGGGAUUGUUAGUUGUCCAAUGCCAAAUUCUCUGGGUUAACAUCAAGCAGAUAGUUGACUAAAAUCUUGGAAAGGGUUAAUAAAUUUAAACAUAAGGAGAAAAUACAUGCUGGUCACUCUCUGGGUUUAAAGGAUUAAAAAUGGGUAUUUAGACCCAGAAAAAGUGUUCCUUCCAAAGAAUUCAAAUAAUUUCUGAACAUUUACCUAGACCAAAGUUUGCAUUCCCCUGAUUAGAGAUUUCCCACCAUACUUUUCGUCACACAGUCGGGCUUAUUUCACAAAACAAGUGACUUUACGUUUUUAGGAUGAAAUGUCUCAGGAGAAAAAGUCUGCCAAAGAGGCCCUCCUGCUUUGGUGUCAAAGAAUGACCAGAGGGUAAGAUCAUAUUUGACUUAAAUAAUCUACAGAACUUCUUAGAUGCUUGUAAGUAAAUGUUAUAAACACAGUUACACUGCAACUGGAACGUGUUUUACCACCAGCCAAAUGUUUUGUACAAUCUUAACUCCAUAAUAAAGAAAAUUGUUUUAUUGUUAUUAUUAUUAUCUCAAAGAUAUCCUGGAGUUGACAUCCAAAAUUUUACCACAAGCUGGAGAAAUGGUUUGGCUUUUAAUGCUCUCAUUCAUAAACACAGGUAAUUUUAUCCCGACAUCGCUUCAAAUGAUAUUUAUAACAACAUUUAUUUUCAUGUGAUUAUACAACAGUUGCUUCUAACCCUACCAUUCCCAGAUAUCAAAUUGGUUACAAAUUGAGCUAGAGAUUUCUGUUAUGCAUAAAAAUCAGGAGUAAAUAAUAUGUGUUUUAGUAGAAAUCCACUCGUUGUCAACUAUUCAACACUUAACAGCAAGACAAACAUAUGUUCUAGUAUUACUUUGUUUAUGGGGUCAAUAUGUUAGGUCACUCCUCCUACUCACAGCUAAUCAGAUUACAGAAUUUUUGUUAGAGCUAGUUGAUUAAUACUCAUACAUACAAUAAUAACCUUUAAUAACCUGUAAUAACCUUUUGAAGUUGGGGGUAUUACUGUAUUAAGUGUUAAAAUCUCAACCUUAAUAUUUAGUCUGAAUUUUUUUCUCCUUUUUCCAGACCUGAUAUAAUAAACUAUGGUACCCUAUGCCCCAGCCAGCAUGAGGCAAACUUGAACAAUGCUUUCAAUGUUGCAGAGGAGAGAUUAGGAAUAGCCAAACUAUUGGAUGCAGAAGGUUGUUGCCAUUAUUUUUUUUCUUCAUGAUUACUGUGUGCAUUUGAGAUUCAAGUCUUUCUCAGUCACUUGAUUAGUUCGUUUGCCUUUUCCAAUAAUUUCUCUUUAGAUGUGGACUGCCCACGGCCAGAUGAGAAGUCCAUCAUGACAUAUGUGUCAAUGUAUUAUCAAUAUUUUGCCAAAAUGAAGACAGAAGAAACAGGAGGAAGACGUAUUGCAAAGGUGCAAGACAUUUAAGGAUUUUAUGAUUCUUAUUAAAAGUAUUCCAUAUCACAGUUACAGCAUCUCUUGUGCAUGAGUUCUCCUUUUGAAGCAGCAGUGAAGCUUUAAACCAUUGACAAGGGCUAGAGUAAGAGGAGAGCAAAUAAGCCAUUGGAGACUUGGAAUGGAAUGGGAACAAGUUCUGCUUCUAGUUAACCAGCUCUCAGUUGUCUUGUUUAACCCUUUAACUCCCACGAGUGACCAAGACAGGAUUUCUCCUUACAAUAUAGAUAGAAUAUCAAGCAGAUAAGUGAUGAGAAUAAAGAAAAUCAUCAGUUAGGGGAUCAUGAGUUGAUCCAACACCAAAUUCUCCAAACUAACAUCACAAGAACGGUAUUGGCAGACAGUUGGGAGAAUUACUAAUGGGAUCUUGGGAUUUAAAGGGUUAAGUGGGCAGAAAUCUGUUACUUUGGGCCUUCCUGCAAUGGUAGACAAAACUAGAAUUGUCCCCACAAAAUCAAAGGACAGAUUUUGUUAUGACAAAGUUUUGCUUUGUCUGUUGCAUUGGCAUGAAGAAUUUCAAAGCCACAACAAUUAGCACUGCCUUUAGAGCCAGAGCCCCAGCCAAUCUUUCCCCAACUCAUCUCAAAUCUUCCUCUGGGUAGAGAAACUCACAUCCUGUAGCCAUGUUAAAGAGGGCCUGCUUUAUUCUAGAAUGUACAGUGCACAUGCUUACCUGUGCAUCUAGGUGAACCUUAGUGACAUUCUGUAGUCUCUUUUCAAUCACUCACUCAGCUAAAUAUUGACAUGACAAACUUUUUUUGUUCAAAAUGAAAAUCUCUGGAUUUGAUCAUCUGACUACAGAUCCUUGGGAUUUUAAUGGAGGUGGAACAGAUGGAGAAGACGUAUGAACAGAUGGUGUCAGACUUGUUAAACUGGCUUAACACUAAGAUUGUAGAGCUUGGUAGGCCAUUCCAGAAGUCUAUGGUAGCAGUUCAGAGGGAGAUGGCAUUAUUUAAGCAUUUCAGAACAGUUGAAAAGCCACCAAAGUAAGUUGACUUGCAUGAACUAAUUUUAAAUUGUUCAAAGCUGAUGUAGCCCUUCAACCCUUAAGAGCGACCAGCCUUUAAAUUUUCCUCUAAGUAUCACUAGUGAAUGAAUCAUAAAGGUCAUGAGAAUAAAGAUUGUGAUCACCAACAAAACAAGCUCAUGAUUGUUAAACAAAUUCUCCAUGUUAGCACUAUAAGAAAUUUAUAGAGAACAGUAUGGAGAGUAUACACACUGAUGUCAGGGGGUGGAAUAUUGUCAAUUUAUGGGUAUAUUAGUCUUUUUUAUAGCCAUUUUUAGAUUGUGUUGAAUCAUGAGCUUUUUGAGACCUAGCAAUGAUUGUGAAGGUUAAGGUUGCCAUAAUACUCCUUUAAAGUAUUGGAAAAACAGGUCAAAUUUUUAAUUAUGACAAUUGCAGUAUUCUUUUACAAUUUUGAAUUUUCGCUUUGUAGAUGGCUGCAUUGGCAAAAUUCCAAAAUAAUUUAAGAUAUUUGUUCCGUAACUGUCUCAUUCUGACCUAAUAACAGACUUUCCUUGAUUUGUUUGAGCUUAUAUCAAGAAUAGCUGAUUCCUUUAAUUGCCUUUUAUAACUUCUGGUCUUCUGAUCGCUUUUUUUUUUUCUAAGUUGUUAUUAUUUUUCUUCUCAACAUCAGAUACUCAGAACGAGUGAAUAUCGAAGCCCACCUCUUUAGCUUACAAACGAAACGAAAGGGUAACAAUCAACAACCUUACAUACCCCCUGAGGGUAAAUUAGUGAUGGACAUUAACAGGGCGUGGCAGGUUAUGGAGAGUGCUGAACAUGACAGAGAAAUGGCGCUACGCCAGGAAUUGAUAAGGUAUUGUAUUUACUCGAGAGAGUGUCUCCCUCCUUCGGAGAUGCCUUGCAUUUUGGAGUCAUGUGCACUGCUGAUAAUUACCAUCGUCGAAUAUACGCCUUAAGAUUUCGUGUAUGAAUGUUCCCAGGAGCGAGCUUAAGACAACCUACUUGUUGGUGGGGCUAUAUACAAGGUUCUUAUGUGACACGUGUCCAGCAUAUACUGGGGAAAGGAAGCAAAGCGCGGGAAAUCGCGGCGACCAAGUCGUGAUUGGUGUUGGUGUUGCAUCCAAUUGGUUGAGAGAGUGACGCGAGUUUUCUGAACCAAUCACAGAGCGAAGUAAAGCAAAACCAAUGAAAUCCCGCAUUAUUUUUAAAACUCAUUGAAAAUUGCUCUAUCGAAUACCAAUUACGUAUGACAACCAACUUUUCUUUGGGGGAACGAAAAGUGUCAUUUUAAGAAGCUAAGCACAAGGCUAGAGAUAGAAACUCCAUUAUGACCCAUCUACAACACCGUAAGAGCCUUAUGAAGAUAUUUCUGAACGAGAUUCUUCCAUAACUUGUGAUGACACUGACCAAAACAAAUUUCAAAUUCAAGAGAAAACAUUUUAAAGACAUGUUUCGGCGAGUGUUUGCCUAAGUUAUUGUAAUGUUACUAAUUUCAAAUAUCGUGAUUCGAUUAAUCUGAUAACGUAAUUUUUAUGAAACGUGUAAAAGCAAAGUCAACGGAUACGACACAAUGAACUGAUGAUGGCAUGAGUCAUGCUGAAACACGUUCUCUCGUGAAUUUGAAUUGUUUUUGAUGAAAUGUCUUUGCUGUUCCUAGGCAAGAGAUGCUUGAAAAACUAGCUGACAAGUUCGAAAGAAAGGUAAAGAGUUCAGCUACUGUGAGGUUUUUUUUCGUGUGUGUGUGUGUUUCAUUAACGACGGCUUCUGUAUGUUUGAAUUUUCAGGCUUCCCUUCGCGAGUCUUGGUUGGAUGAUAUGAUGCAUGUUCUGGAAGGAGAGGCAUUGGGUCAAGACGCGGCGACCGUAGAGGCGGCCUUUAAACGACAUGAAGCCAUAAGUACCGACGUCAAGGCCAGGGUGAGUGAUAAUAACCUGUAAGUUGCCAGUUUCUUUUGUGUGUGUCUUCUGGCGAGAAACCCGACGCAGCACACGCAAACGACACGCACACUCCGUGGUAUUAAACGCAAAUGCAUUACAAAACUGCACGCAGUUCAGUGCACGCAAUCAAUCAACACGCAUUAAAUGCAUGUGUUAGGACAAAAGUGCUUGCAGUAUGAAAAAAUAUUGAUUGCCAUUAAACACUUACCUUUGUGGUUUGUAGGAAGAACGUUUUCAAAUGGUCUUUGACCUGGCCCAGGAACUAAUUGAUGAAGAUUACCACAGAUCUGAUGUUAUCAGUGCAAGGUAUUGCGAUCUACCAAAACCACUUCACUACAAAAAGUAUCAAACUCAAUCUCUAGACCCAAACUCGACGUACAAAAUGGAAUUGAUAAUGUUGAUAAUGAUAAUUGUAAUAAUAAUAAUAGUAAUAGUAAUAAUAAUAAUGAUAGUGAUAAUAUCUUUAUUUCAAGUGCUAGAAUCUAUUUACAAUGGAAUCUAUAAUUCUGUAUUUUUACAUAUGUCGAUAACAAUAAAAUUUUAAAUAUAAAUACAUUACUAUUAUGUUUGCUAAGGAAAAAAACAAAAUAUAUUUAAAAAUCUAUUGACUUUGAGGGCGAAGUGGGGAGGAAUUGGAUCUCCAGAACCCUCCCUAUGAAUCUGCCAUCGGGGAAAGGUCACGCCCCUGUCUUAAGCCUUCUUUCCUAUUUCACUCCGCGCUGUUAUCAUGCCCCGCCAAGAACUUUAGGAACAGGCUUUCUAGGCGGAAGGAGAAGCUUUUAUAGCGCAUUUCAUUACGUUAGCUCUUUUAACAGAACAGACGCAGAGAUCUUUGAACUAAAGAGCUCUGUCAAGGUAUCUGACCCAAUCUGAUUUUGUGUUACAGAGAAGAGGUUAUUAUGACCAAAUGGGACAAGCUGAUCGGUAUGUUAGAGGCGAAGCGUUCAACUCUGGUGGGUUUUAAGGAUCUUGUCGGUUUGUUCAGAGAAAUGGAUGGUGCACACGGUGACAUGCAGGAUAUUGAGGUACUAGCCGGAUAACGAAUACGAUCUAUGUUACAUUACGUUCUCCGUAACCUUCAAGCAGGCCCUCGUUAUUAGUGCUGCGCGUGUUUCUCCGCCCGCGGAAAGGUUGGAGACGAGUCGGGGCGUGGUUUUCCAGCGUUCUCUUAGCAGAUCUCUCGCUGUACGUAUAAGGACUCACACUUUUCUCGCGGGGUAAGAAAUGCUCAUGUCCGGCGCAGCACUAAUAUAGAGAAUCCGCGCUUUAGACGGUUUCCUUUUUGUGCUUUAGUUUGCCAUCGAACUCUUUGAUAUCUUCUUUUUUGCUUUUUAGCCUUUGUGACUACGCUUACGACAGCAGAUCGAAAUCCCCUCUUUUAACCCAAGUUUUAAGUACCAUUCUGUUUUGCAGUCGGCUGUGAGAUCUGAGGACUAUGGCAAGCAUCUGUUAGAUGUGGAAAAUCUUCUCCACAAGCACAGUUUAAUUGAAUCACAAAUUCAAUCUCAAGGAGAAAGUGUCCAGAGAAUCAACAACGUGGCGCAGAGAUUUAUCAAAGCAAAGCAUCCAGAAAGUCGGGUCAUCAAAGAAAGACAGUCACUUCUUGCUCAAGCAUUUGAGGUAUAUAACUGAAUCUUACACAGGGGUUUCAAUGGCAGCCGGGUAGCAGAUAAAUCCGUCUACCUGCUGGUGAUGCGCUGGCUAUCUGCUUGUAGCCUUCACACAAAUGUCAUUGGGCUCCUAAUAUACAACUCUCCUCCACUUUGUUCAAAUUGUUUGACUGUUAGAAACAACAAAGAAACAGAAAUUGGAAUCGCCUUAAAAAUGCGGAAAAUGCGAUUGCAAUAGUCACAAUUUACCAGCGGAGCCUGGGCCUCCAACUUCACUCCCAAGAUCUCUUUAGUAAUUCUCCCUACUGUCUGCAGUACAAUUAUGAUGUUGACCUGCAAAAUUUGGUAUUGGAUCAACUUUUACCCCCUAAGUGAUAUUAAUCUUUAUUCUCAUUAGUUGUCUGCUUGAUUUUGUAUUGAUAUUGUUAGGAAAAACUCUGUCUUGGUCACUCAUGGGAGAAUAAGAGUUAAUGAAACUUAUUUUACGUUAACAUGGUUAUCAAUAAGUUUGAAAGUGGUAUGAAAAUAAGAAAUAGUCGGCGGCCAAUUACUUGAUUUCAUGUUAAAUCGUUUUCGUCCACAGGCGUUAAUUCAGCUGGGAAAGGAGCGUCGCGCAAGGCUUGAAGAUUCCCUGAGACUUUACAAAUUCUUUGGAGACAUGGAGGAAGAGGAGAUGUUCGUCAAAGAAACGGAAAAAGUCCUCUCUUCAAAAGAUGUUGGAAACGAUCUGAUAAGCUUGACAAGACUCCAACAGAAACACAAGGUUAGCUGCGACAGAGAAUUGGUUGAAUGUAUCUGUUCGUUGUCGGAUGUUGCUAAAACCAAGAACGACCGAAUUCGACAAGCGCUUUGAUCAGUACAGAGAAGCGACUUUUCAGCGUGAAAAAUAUCUCGCAAUGUUAUAGAAGCAAUCCCGAAUUGGAUGGACGCACGCUAGACAUUGUCCACUCCUUAAUUUUUAUGCGAAUUACAACAAAAUCAAGCAUGUGCUGAAAGAUGUUUGGUGCGUGGACUUUCCGUUAAAAUUUCAGUUUUAUCUUCGACGCCCAAAGUGUUUAUUUCCUUUUAUAAUGAGAAAAUCCGUUCUUGUCUGACUGGAAAUUCCUUUCUGCAGCUUUGGGAGAGAUAGUUUCCACUUUGUUUCUGUGUUAAUUAUUGUUUUAACUCAAUAGGCUCUAGAAGCAGAGUUAAGUGGCCGUUUUGCGCAUUGUGAAACAGUCUGCGCCAAAGGGCAGUCGCUCGUUGACAGAAGUCACUACGCUUCUAAAGAGAUCAGAGCAAAGAUUAAACAGCUGCAGAACAACUGGAUGAAACUAAGAGAACUUUUAAUCACAAGAUCAGAGAGAUUAAAAGAUGCUGCACAAUCGUUACAGGUAAGAGGUGCUUUUUUGAGGCAGAGUAGCGGGCUGUCUGAGUGAUUGGCUCGCUUUCUGCUUCUGACCAACAGACGGUUUAAGCAGGUGACCAAGCCUUGGACUGGCUGAUUAACCGAAGGAAUGACUGACCUAAUGAACUGAUGAGUGAAUCAAUUAAUGACUGACUGACUGACGGACGGAAUGGAUGACUGACUGGCUGACCGACGGACUAAAUAAAUGCCUGAUUGACUGACGGAAUGAGUGAAUGAAUGAAUGAAUAGGUAAGUGAGUGAGAGAGUGAUGGGAACAUGGUUCGGUGGGUGAGUGAAUGACUGAGUGAAUGAUUAUUUUGUAAUUCAUAGAAAUAAACGAUGAAAAUGUUCUCUCUGUACUGUAUUUAGUAUUACUCAGAUUCUAAUGACGCGGAAUCUUGGAUGAAAGAGAAAAUGUACGUCGCGAGCAGUGAAGAUUAUGGCAGGGACGAACAGAGUGCAAUGGUGGGUACAGAAAUUCCAAGAAUCAAUUUCCAGCACGGCUGUGCACAAAACCCAUCGGUCGUUUAUUUAUUUCGAGAAUUAUUUGUUGAUUCAGUACCAAAUUCUUUAAAUUAGCAUCAUAAGAGUUGUAUGACAGACUGUAAGGAGAAUAUACUUGUAAGAUCUUGGAAGUGAAAGAGUUAAGCUUAUGAUAUUUAUUUGGUAUUUAUGAAUAUCAGGCUUAUCGGCUCGGUAUUAAAAGAACUCUUUUACAGUUUUGAUCAUGGUGACGAGGUUGGAAGAGAGCUUAUCAGAAAGCGGGUAUUACAGAGAGGCUUUGUAGGAAACCGGCUUACCGUAGAGGUUCCGAUAUUUACACGUGCUUUGAGUUCUGAUUGGUUACCUAUGUUAAGUACUAUUAAUCUGAUUGGCUGUUGUAAGUGUUAGGUUUUGGUCUUAUAACCCCUCAUUGCAAUUUUACCCUUCACACCACUUUGUGAUAUGAUCCCUCUGCAAUUCUGACAUUCCGUCGAACAUUAGCUGACAUUUUCUUCUGGUUGUUUUGUAGUCCUUGCUGCAGCGACACACGAACGUGAUAGACGAGAUUAAAGGUUUUGCUGAUGACAUGAAUCGCUUGAGGGAACAAAGUAAACUGAUGGAGAGCAACGAACAGGCGGUUCAGGUGAGCAGAGGACUAUUUGAUAGUCCUUUUCUUCAUCGCUUUGCAUGACUCACUGCCAUUUCUUCUUGUUACAUUUUUACAUUUUCUGGGAUCAAUGUCAGUACCUCAGCAACUGCGCACUUACUCCUCCCUAACCCAACAACAAUCAACUGAGAACAACUUAGGGUAAAUGUCGGUGCGUAGUUGUUCAGAUACUUACGUUAAUCCUUUUCUGAUUAUUGAUGAUCUUAGCAGUAUAAAGGACUCGUGUCAUAUGUGAACCUUGUACUAAAAGGCCUGGCUCACUAUUGAGUCUCUGUGGCCCAGUGAGGUAGCAUCAGCGCGUGGAAUUCACUUCGCAUUAACUCCUUACUGGGUUCUCAGAAUUUUUCUUCGCCUCACGCUCGUGACAAAACGAAAAACAUCGUCUUUCAUUUCAUCACCGUGUGAUUUACCAUCUUUUUAUUUUAUUAACUCUCAUGGAGCUUUCGACAUUGCAAAUCCUAGCAGUAUUCGGGGCGCGUGUACCACACGAACGCAGCAAGGGCCAGGUGCACCAUAGUCUCUGAGGCUCAGUGGUAGAGCAUCGGGGUGUGGAAUUCGAAGGCCUGAGGUUCGAUUCCUCUUGGAGAUUUAGGAUAUUUCUUUGUCCCACAGCUCGUGACGAGACGGAAAAACAUAUUUUUAUUUUCUUUUUUUCUUUCUCUCUAGACAAAGGUGGAACUGUAUGAAGAGGAAGCUGAGGUGGAGACAGACGAAGAAGUCGAGGAAACCGUAGAAAGAGAAGUUAUGAAAGACGUUGUACAGGAAAUUAAAGUCCCACAAGUAAAAGCUCUGCACCCAUUUGCCGGACAAGGGCUUAAAAUUACCAAGGGAGAGGUGAGUAGGGGUGAAAAUGAAGUGUGGGAGGGGGGAGUUGCGACAGUUUUGGUUCCCAGGCGAUUAUAUAAAAUGUUAGCCAUUAAAUUUGCAGCGAAAUUCGCCAGUUUUGCGACCCUUAUUCGCGGGUCAUAAAGCUCAGUGUUUUUUUGCGCUUGCUAGCAUUUAUAGUUUUGAGACUAUAACGUGAUAUUUACAUUUUUGUUUUUAUAUUUAGGUUUUCUUUUUGAUUUCAAAGACGAACAAAGAUUGGUGGAGUGUGAGGUACAACAAAUUUCCUAACAGUUUAUUUCAGCAAUCUUUUAUUCUUUAUUUCGAGUCGAACCAAAUGCUCAUGGUCUUUCAAAUGUAGCCCGAUCACGCUAGUAGAUCUCGUUUGCAAAAACCCACACUUGGUUAGGCGACAUUUUCUUCAGGAAAGUUCAAAAGGUAGGGAGAAACCGAAAGUAAAACGAGCCCGGUGGACUGGUACCCUUUAACUCUCAUGAGUGACCAAGACAGAAUUUCUCCUUAUAGAUAUAAAUACAAGCAGACAAGUGAUGAGAAUGAAGAAAAAUAUCAACGAGAGGAUUACAUGUGUAUUUGUUGACCUGACACUUAUUUCAUGAGAACUUGAGUGGCAGACUGCGAAGAGAAUUACUAAUGAAUCUUGGGAGUAAAAGGGUUGAAAGAGCCCCGUAAUAUGAUUAGAUUUGAGGAUAGCACGACUACAAGUGUCCUUAAUCCUUGAUUCUUUUUUUCUUCUCUUCAGGCGUUUGACCUCCAAAGAAGCAGGUUACGUCCCUGCUAACUACGUUAAAGAGAUUGAGGCCAGAACAGUAAAGAAAACGACAAAACAGAAGGUCAUCGUUCCCGAGAAGGUUUUGGUAAAACGAAAAGUGAAGAAGAAAGUCAAGAUUCAGAAGCAACGGGAAGUGAAAGUCAAAACUCCUGAAAAGAAAGGUUGGUAAUAGCUUUGGAACCUUCCUCUUGAAAGUAUUGUUUCGUAGCGUUCAUUUGAGUUUUUACAACUAGGAAAAUAAGUUGGAGCCAACUUGUACGACAUCUACAAUUAUACCUUAUGGAUAACUACGCAAGGGCUAAUAGGAUUUCAUCCAGAUACUGUAAUAGCUUGCGAGUAAGCCCUCAUCGUUUGCGCACGGGCAUGAAAGUGGCUUUGGGCAACGCGAGCCAGCAAGGGGUCUGCAAUGUGUCCAUUAGUGCCAGACCCCCAGCAAAUCUCUCCCCGACUCGUCUCAAAUCUUCCCGCGAGCAGAGAAACGCGCAUCUUUCAGCACUAGUAAUGAGGCUCUGCUCGAAAGCUAAUUGAAUUGAAUCAUUACUAUAAUUGGGCUUUACAACUGCGUUAAUGAGUACAAUCACUUCACAGGUGUGAAGAGAAAACCUUUCAGAAUUUUGAUCAAAAUACUUUCAAUGUUUCUUAUAGGAAAAUCUCGCCGACCAGUUAGACGUCAUUUCACCGCCCAUUUUGAUCGCGACAACGUUGCUACGCGUCAGAUCUCACUGCAGAACAUGUACUCAAGACUGGUGGAAAUGGCCGAGGUAUUGUGUGCGUUCCAUAGAGUACUUUUCGACUGAGUGUCGCAGAAAACCAAAGCUAUUACAACGGCCAAUCAGAAGAAAGGGAAAUACGUUUAAGAGCCAAUGAGAGCUUUAAAAAAAUAUAUAUAUAUAUACAAACUGCCUAAAGCGCGGCAAAACGCGGACGACCAAGUCGCGAGUGGUUUUAGUUUUGUAUCUGAUUGGUGAGAGAGUGGCGCGAGUUUUCUGGACCAAUCACAGCGCAAAGUAAAAGAAUAACAAACCAAUCACAGAGCAAAGUAAAGGAAAAGCAAAUCAAUCGCGGAAUACUUUCGACACUCAGUGGAAAUUUCUCUAUUCUUGUUGUUUAGUUAUUCUCCAGUGUUUUUGAGAUUUUAUUUCUUCUGAAAACAUUUUGUCUAACCUUGAUUGAAUUCACUUUAUAGAUUCGCCGUGAGAAUCUGGAGAACUCCAUCAAAUAUUUUCAUUUCAGUCAUGAAUGUGAUGAUAUCGAGUUUUGGAUGAAAAACAAGGUUUGAUUCCUCAUUGAUGUCUCAUUUCCUACUGGAUUAAUAUUAGUAUCUGAGAAACUCUGCACCUACCUCUCCCUUAACUCGACAACAGUGAACUGAUAACAAUUAAAGGUUAAUUUUGAGUUUGGUGAGGGGUAGAUGCGUAGUUGUUCACACACUGACAUUGAUUCUUCCUACCUUUAUCUGUUAAAUUAUUUUAAUGACGUGUCCACGAUGGAACACGUACAUGAAAAUGGAUUGACCGCGCGAAAAUAUGGUGGUCUGGGAUUAUAUUACAACUUCCUCAAGUGCCUCGCGCUACUAAACGCCUCGCCCUGGAUACUUGAUUAAUAACUUAGUCAAAUAAUGGAAUAUGUUUAUUGUAGGUCGAAUAGUCCGUCAUGCUCUUAAGUUAGGCACUGUAUUUUGACAGCAUCUCUCUUCAUUCUGGAGUUAAUAAAAGUAUUGGUUGAUAAAACUGUUAAAGGAAAACUUCUGGGAGGAGGGGGGGGAGGGGGGGGGGAUGGUUACUUGUGAAAGAUCAGCAACCCGACUUGGAAGAACAACACUACUUGCUCGCUUCAUGUUCAGGAAACCGAAGUGCACUCUACAGGUAGUUGUAAGAGUCAGUCUCUUAUUGCUGCCUAACAGUGAUACCUAAUAUUAACGACAGUGAUCGUGAUGAUGCAUUUAUAAAGCGCAUUCUCCGUAUUAAUUUGCUCUAAUGCGCUUUGUAACACUUUUUGGGGGACUUUGGCCUGACUGUAUUGAGUAAUUUACACUCUGUAGAAAGAUUAUUUGGCAGGUGUCCCCAAUUUAGGAAUUUUUGGAAACAAGGCCAAAACACCGGUAGGUACAUUCCCUACUCUUUGCGAGAAGUGCGUGGGUUCUUUAACGUCCCCUGCUAAUCAGUAGAGAGAAGAUGUACGUGACGAUGCCUGCGGUUUGUCGUCCUCAUCUAAGAAGAUUUGAAUGUCUACUCAUUUGCAUUUGUCAUGGCAAAGGUAGCACAUUCUCCUCAGUUAUUUUAAGACACUAAGGGUUAAUCCAGACUGGGGCUCGAACCCACGACCUCACGCACAUCAGUCCGGUGUCCUACAACCUUAAUUUUCAGCUUUUGAUCGUUCUAACAUUUGUAAUUUAACGUUUUGCUUCGACUAAUCAGGAAAGUCAGCUUACUUACAACAGUGCAUCUGAAUCAGACAACGACAUUCAUGUCAUCCGCAAAAAUAUUGAGGUAGAGUCUUCGGCUAAUCUGUCAUAUUUGUAACUUUUGAUUCCUUUUUUUCUGCCCUCUUCACCUCUGUGCAUUUUUGUGUUGCUAAUUACGUUUUAGAGCAAUUUUCAAUCGAGUAUCGAAAGAAAUUCGAGAUUGCUAUGUUUUGCUGCACUUCGGUCUGAUUGGUCCAGAAAAACGGGCGCCGAUCUCUCAACCAAUCAGAUGCAAGACUAAAACCAAUCACGACUUGGUCGCCCGCGUUUUCCCGCGCUUUAGGCUUUGAUUUUGGUUUUACGAAACUCAAUCGAAAUGAGCUCUAUCUGUAUGUAACAAUGCUUACGUUCUAAACUUCUGUAAUAUUUUUGUGUUGUCUUGUGUUACUGUGUUGCACAUAGGUUCUAAGCUUUAACCCAGCAUACUCUAAUUUGGUUGGAACGAACUCUUACUGAACCUACAGUCACAAAGGUAAAGAUGGUUCUCCACAGUCAAACGAAAAGUGGCCUUUCGCGUUAUUUUAGCUCGUCAUGUAAUCCUACCAUGGAACAGCAGAGAACGAUUUCAAGUACGCCUCUAUUCUUAAUUCUGUACCAGAAACGGGAAAGUCAGCCAAUUAACAGACGUAAAAAGUUGAAAAGUUUCUCUAAACUAAUAUGAUCCAAUAGAAGAUGGGAGGAGAGAAUGCUUUGCGGUGCGAGAGUUGGAACGUGUUUCGUUCUGUAUAGAACUUAAGUUUUUGAAUGGAAAAUGUACUUUCGUUCAACGAGAACGCAAUGCCAGUGGCAGGCGCUACACGUUAGUUUUCUUUAUGAUCUAUGAUUCAGCUUCAGUUUUUACUGAACGGAGAAUCCAGGACAUUGUGACCAUGAACAAUUUUACUGGACCUUUUUUCUCUUUUUUUUUUAUUUCGGGCUGUUUCUGUUUCACAACUGUACACGAUGUUUGUUUUGUGUCAGAUCUGUGCUAUUCUUCCUCAAAUGUUAUCACAGUUCUUGUCCAUUUGUGUGAGGCACUAUCGCACAAAGUACUGUUUCAAACAUCCUCAGAAUUAACUCCUUCACUCCUCGGAGUAACCAAUUUGUAAUUUAUCCCUACCAUCUCGAUACGUUGUCAAGCAGAAAGAUGAUGUGAAGCAUUAAGAAAAAGUUAUCAAUUAGUGCAUAUUGUUUGAAUUGACAUCAAGAAUUAUGAUCAAAAAUAAGAGCUCGGUCAUUAUUUAUCUCCGGGGGGCGGGAGGGGAUUUUGGCUGUCGCAAUAAAAUUUACCUGAUCCCUAAUGAGGCCUGUAGUAUUCUAACGAUCUCCCUCAUUGGCAGUCAUUUCUCAUAGCCGUCCCCUUCUACUAUGUUCGCGACGAUUGAUUCCCCCGCCAUUACCCCUGACAACUAUGUGAUCCCGCCCGAAAAAACAUUCCGAUCCCCACUCCCUCCACAGACGAAAAAUAAUGACCGGUUCCGAAAGAGAAAUGUAUAGCAGAAAUUGAGGAGAGUCGAUAUUGAGUUACAGGAGUGAGGGGGUUAUAGAGAAGAUUCGUGUCUUUUCACAGUAGCAAACGCACCUGUUCCGUGACGUGUUAAAAGCACAUCUAUUGCACCAGUGCCUACAUUAGGGAAAAAUGAGAGAAAGUUGUAAAGCCUGUUUGCCUUUUAAACUGUGUACACAGGGUCUCACGACAGAGCUAACAGCUAACAGCAACCGUAUAGCUGAGAUAAACUCGUUAGCAGAUCAGCUGAUAGACACGGAUCACAGGCAUUCGGCUGCAGUGAAGAAACGGAGGAAAGACAUAAACGACAUGUAAGAGUUAAAUAAGAACAAUUUUUUUAUUUAGUGUUGAAGGUAAUCUGGGAUUGCUUCUUCACUUGGUGAUUGGUUUAGAAAACUCGCGCCACCUUCUCAACCAAUCAGAUGGCUUGUGAUGACUGACUGAUCGUUGAGAUAGUUUUGGUUUUUCGACACCCAAUUGAAAAUUGCUCUAACCUCCUCCUGUAGAAACACGGUUUGAUUGUUGUUUUUUAAGGACUGGGAGUUCUUGUUAAGUUAAGCUCAUGGUCUUAUGUAUCCCCUUGUGUUUUUCUUGAAGGUGGGAAAAUCUUCAGCGCUUAAAAAAAGCCAAAGAAGAGGAACUACGUGAAAAACAUGGGUAAGAACACCUGGUGUGCGAGCAGGCGCUCAUUUUAGGCGCUUCGACUGCCGGUGAGAGGUCUGUGAGGGAUCUGGGCCAAGCACUUGCAGAGUUCUCGCCUUGCAUAAGGCCUCAAACUUGCUUGCGGGCAAGGAAACGCUUUCAUUAAAGCGUUAACCCUUUAACUUCCAAGGUCUGAUUGUUAAUUCUCCGCUCUUGCUACUACACAAUUCCUUGUAAAUUAGUCGCGAGAAUUUGAUGAAAGAUUAAGAUAACAACUUCUAACUGAUAAAGAUCUUGCUGGGAAAUUUAGGGUCCCUGUUAAAUUUUGUCACUUCUGGGAAAGUUGGGGAAGUUUAGUCCUUGUAUGUACAUGUAUACUCUGUGCCUCUCUACUUCACAAAAAAUGAUAUUGAAUUUUGCGUUUCUUUUCUUUUCUUUUUCUUUUUCUUUUUUUUUUUUUUUUUUUUUUGGGGGGUUAGGGUCGAGUUGUUCUUUGACUCUUGUGAAGAGAUGAAGUCCUGGAUUCAAGAGAAGGAUGCCAUUUUAUCCGAUGGAGACGUUGGGCGAGAUUUGGAGACUGUUAGAGCUUUACAGAGGAGACACCAAGUAAGUCAGUAAAAAAGAGAAGUGACAACUAGCUUCGAACAGAGCAUAAACCGACCUAGAUCCAUGAAACCCAAACCAAAGUUAUGCAGCACCAAAAAAGCGCGAGCGAACUAGCUUCUUUUGGUUUUAGUUUAGCGGUGAGAUUGCCCUAGAGGAUGACACAAGUUUUCAGACUAAUUAAAGGGUAAAGCGUUGCCUGCGAGAGGUCUGCAAGGGGUCUGGCUCUGAUAAUGAGUCCCAGAGCCCAGAAAAUCUCUCCCCGACUCGUCUCAAAUCUUCCCGUGGGCGGAGAAACGCGCGUCCUGCACCGCUAAGAAUGUGAGCGUGCUCGUAGGGUUAACAAAAUAAAGCCAAAAACGUUUUAGUCCCAGAUUGCUUUCACAAAUGUCAAGACUUAUAUCAGUGCAUAAAAAUACACAUACCACAUAAAACUACAUGUAAGGCACGCGACCGGCCCCCUCUUUAUAUUGUUCACAUUUAAAUUCUCUCAGGGUUUCGAAAGAGAUCUCGCCGCUGUGGAAGAAAAACUUGUAAAGUUACAGGACCAAGCAAAAUCGUAAGUUUUACAUUUUUGAUCGUUUAUUUGGGAUUGUCGAACUUUUAUCAGCGGUUGGUUCAGCAUGCUUGAUCAAGACAGCGGUCAAACGUCUGCGCAUGUGCGAUCUUUGUAAUGACAAGAUGACGUGCUUUCAGGCUGUCAAGACUAAGUUGUCUCACACAAGUUACAAACAACCACAUAAGCCAGUAAGUUACGGUGAUCGCAAGGCCUAUAACUUUUUCGUUAAAACUCAAAACAGAAGGGUGAAAAACCUGUACUUGAAUCAGCUUUAUGCUCGAAAACUCUCGGGUUUUCUUUUCCUUGCUGUUUUUUCCUGUCACAGUUUCCUGUGAAUGUUUCAAUCUUUUUAAGUUUAUUUUGCGAGACAGCGUUGGUUUGUUAAGUUUUUUCUUUGGAAUUUUGCACUGGGAAUUGGUGCGCACCCGGCCAAAAUUGAUACCCUCGCGCAUGCCCGAUGUUUAACCGCUGUGCAUGCGCGAUCUCUCUUACUUUGUUUUGCAGCCUUGUUUCCCAUCAUCCUCGACAAGCUCGUCAGAUCAAAGCUAAAGAAGCGGAAAUUAUUGGAUUAUGGAAUGGCUUGAAGGUGAGUUUCAAUUCAGUUUUUUGUUUUAAUAAAGAUGAGAGAGAAUAAUGGAAUGAAGUCAAGUCUUUUCAUGGUUGCCUCAAGAAACAGUCCUUCAACGUCAUAGAAACGUGGGUCGGAGUGCACUCCAUUGCGAAUAUGAGAAACUUGAAAUUACAAUAACUUUGAAGUUGAAAUAUAACACAGAGAGUUAAUGUUCGUGGGAAUAAAUAUCUUUUGGGCCUGACCCAGAGUCAUUUUAAGCCCGUUAAGCGUUUAGCAAGAUUCAUCUUUGUUCUUUCUCACUCUUUAGGGUAAAGCGAGUAAAAGAAAGAAUGUUCUGGAUGAAGCGUACGGUCAGCAGGGCUUCCUUGCUGAUUCAAGAGAUCUGGUAAAAGCAUGCGAAGACGUCUAACCGCAGACUUUUCUCUCUAUUUUUUUCGCGAUUCAUUGAGAUCACCUUGUUUCUGAGGAAGUUGUUUUAAAAUGCGUUUCCUCUUUCCUUUCAGUUAUCCUGGGCCUCAGACAUGCGUGAGUCGCUUAGAAUUGGAGACACACCGAAAGACGUGAACAGCGCCAAACAACUUCUUCAAGAACACGAAGGAAAGUGGGAAGAUAUUCAAACACACAACGACAGGUAAAGACAAAAUUGCAGUGGAAACAUUUAAAUCAUUUUUAAAUGGAAUCACUCAGGUUAUAAUUUAUAGUAAGGUUUUUAAAGAUUUCUUACAGAAUUCGUGGUUUAACGAAACUCUCCUUUUCAGACUUUGAGGUUUAGGUAUGGACCUAAAAUUCACACACUCCCUUCCCUGCCUCCCCCUACAAGGUUUGGUUUUUUUCCCCAUUCAGAUGUUAGGGGGUGGGACAAAGGCGGAAAUUUUUACUUAUUUGCGGUGUGGCUCCUUAAGUUGGGUUUUACGACACUCAGUACUUUGUGUCUCUUGUGAGCUGACUUUUUCCCUUGGUUUCUUUGAAGAUUUGACCAGUUAAUAGAAUAUGGUCAGCGGAUGGUCGCCUCAAACCCACGAGUGAGACAGCUAAAAGACAGAGUAGCAGCUUUGAAGAAAGAGAAGGCAGCACUGAAGGACACUUGGGUUGAAAGGAAUGAGGCACUAAAUGAAGGCCAAGAUUUGCAGGUAAGCUGUUCAGUCCUGAACUGAAGUAACUUCAUGUAGUCUUCACUGAUGUACCCGUCGUUUUGCCUCUCUCCGUCACAUCAUUGCACCAAACAGAAAGUGACCUUCACCCUCAAUCCCUAAACCCUUAAGAAUGACUAGCAUCUAAUUUCUCCUUACAGUAUCAGCCCCAUAUCACACUUAAAGAUCAUGAGAGUAAAGGAAAUGAUCACUUACUAAAGAAUCUCUUGAUUGUUAACCAAAUUCUCCUUGUCAGCAACUUAGGAAAUGUAGAGACAACAGAAUGGAGAAAAUGCAUGAUGAUGUUUGGGUGUAAAUGGUUAAUUGCUUGUACGUUUCCUUAAUCUGUCCUCUGUCUCCCGAAUAUGCAUUAUUGGUAACGUAUUCAUUGAUAUCCGGAUUUCUCAAUGCUCUGCUUCAAAGUAUCAGGAGUUGGUCUGUGGUUUGUUUGCUAUAGUGACUUCCUAGGUUCCUGAAGAGUUUCUUGUUCUCCUCUUGAGCUGCCUUAGCGACACCUAUCACACCUAUCAUCCGAUAUAGUGAACCUUCUUUUCGGGUGGCCAUCCGAGUAUAGGUGUCCUUUAAAUGAAAGUAUGAGAUACAGAUUACAGAGCACUUUCUUCAGAUGGAACCAAGUUUUGCAUCCCUUGAUCAGAGAUGUCCCUAAAAAAAAGUUCAUGGAUCGGGUCGGAAAAUUUUUAACGGUGUGUCAUAUCUUUAAAUUUUUUCUUUUUUGCAGGCGUUCAUCCGAGAUGCGGAAUACGUAGAUUCCUUGUCAGCUUCCCAUGAGGCAUUUCUCUCUAAUGAUGAUCUCGGGGUAUGAACUCUUUCACUGUAAUAUUUAAAUAUCCAACUUGACAGCCUGAGUUUGUCAGCUUUCAAAGUUUUUUCAUUGAAGGAACAACAAGGUAAUAGUGACCAAAUAGGAAUUUUUCCUUACAUUAUCAAUACAUUUUUAAGCAAAAUGGUGAUGUGAAGAAAGAGAGACCAAACGAGGAGUUGAAUGAACAUAAAUUCUCAGUAAUAAAACUAUUAGAAAUAUGUUGCAAAACGUGCGGAGAAUUUUUAUAUAGAUCAUAGAAGUUUAAAUGUCAAAGCAUCAGCGUCCUAAGGACUAACCUGUCUGCUCUCUGAUUUCAGGAUUCUGUGGAUGAUGUUCUAAUGCUCCUGAAACAACAUGAGAAUUUUGAGAAGACGCUGACAGCACAGGAAGAGAAGCUACACUCGUUAAAUGAUAUGGCGAACAGCUUGGUCACCGCUGGUCACCGCGACAGACAAUGGUGCGUCAUUUUUCUCAUCUUAGUUAUGUAAAAGCGGCAAAUUGUUAAGCCGCACUAAACUCGUAAGCGAAUUGACAAAAUAUUUAAACUAUAGUGUUAUUGACGGCAACCUUAGGGAUGAGAAAACUGAAGUCUAACUUCUUUCUUCUUAACUCGUUUGUCAGUUGUAAGACAUGCAAAUGUAACAUAUCGAUAGUGGUUUAGCGUGCUCUGUACUCUUACCGACAACGGCAAAUUGGCAAAUCAGAUUGCGACUUUACUGCCAAUUGUGGUAAAAAUGAAAUUCCAGCUACCGAGACGAGCCCUCGAUUUGCGCCCCUUUACUCUAAUCUCGACAUUUUUUUUAACUUAAUGUCUUGUAGGAUUUCAAAACGGAAAGACGAAGUCCUCAAAAGAAGACAGAAUGUCAAACAACUGGCUGCUAAGAGACGACAAGCUUUAAAGCAAUCUCAACUGCUUCAGAACUUCAAGAGAGAUACACAAGAGGUAACUUCCGUUAACAUUUUACCUCAGUAGACGGCUAUUCCAUCGCAGCCCAAGAUUGAAUUUUGUGUUUUGCAUAAUAAACACACUACCAAUGUUUUUUAUUGAAUGUUCACUUACUGAACUUCCAUCCACUUGCUUACAAGUUAGAGCUACCCAUAACAAAUGAUAAACAGCACUACCUGAAAGUCUAGCUCAGCUUUCACUCUGGGAAUUCACCCACAGACUGAAUAGUUUAUCUUGAACGACAUGAUAAAAAGUACGUCAAAAAUUAGUGCUCAUGAGUAGCUUUCAUUUUAAUGGGUUACGUGCUAGGGUUUUAUCCAGUGACGUAAAAUUAUGGCGAGCUGGAAGCGAGUGAUUUACAAACUUCUCUCGUGUCCUACCAACAUUCCUCGUGGAUUAUUAGUCGGUAAACCGGCAGAAAUUGUGGUCUAUUGCUUUUUAUAUAAUGAAAUUAGCCAAUCAAGGCGCUCGUAAGAUCUCAAUUAUUUAAUAAGGCAUAAUAAACAAUACCACUUGAUCGUACACUGUUGAUCUCAUCUAGAAUCUAAAACAUUCUCUGUGCAGGAUAAUACGCAGUGCCUCAUUACUGCUUAGGAUCUUUCAUUUGAAUGGUUACAUAAUUGAGUUUCAUCUAUAAAAUUUAAAAUGAAGCUAUUCCUUUAUUCUUCAGUUUGAGGCUUGGAUUCAAGAAAAACUUCAGAUUGCCACAGACGAAUCUUUUAGAGAUUUGACCAACAUACAGAGAAAACUUCAGAGACACCAGGCAUUUGAAGCCGAAAUCGCAGCCAACAAAGGUGGCUUCGAUCGUGUGAACGUGGUAAGUUUUCCAAGACUCGAUGUUCCUUUUUUAUCAGUUAACAGACUGUUCCUUCUGAAGAUAACCCUAUUCAACCAAUCGAUUAUCUAUCGCGCAUGCCUAGCAUCUAACGUUUAAAAGAAUCUUGCGGUUGCGUUUGUUGAGUUAGAGCAGGAUGCGUAAAGUUUUGGAUCCAGUGUUCUGUUGUACUUUUUGAACAUUUGUGUUUUACUUUAAUCUGUCUGAAAUUUCCUCGAAAUAAUGCGGGAGUUCAUAAACGUCUUAAGUGUAUUUUAAAUUAUUUGUUUAGAGUGGGAAGAAGUUGAUUCGCGAAGGGCAUUAUGGUUCUAAAGAAAUCAAGGACUUAUUGGGAAGGUUAAAUGAAAGUUGGAGCGAGUUAGUCAGCAAGUCCGCCGAUAAAGGUUCCAGAUUACAGCAGGCUCAGCAGCAGCAACAGUUCAACCGAGCUAUGGAAGACGUCAAGGUUGGUUUAGCGAGUAACAUAAAAACAGUAGAACAGAGUCUUUGGGUAUAGAAGAGAACACGGUAAGAAUUCAGGCUGCGACGCGAUUCGAACCAAUGCCUCUCAGAUAUUGAAACAUGAUUUAUUUCAUUUAUCAUUGAUACAUAAUUUAUUUCAUUUGAUUUAAAACUGUACGGCUUUCUCGCGCAGUCAAAAUGGAUUGCGGAAAAUAAACAACCCACAAGCGCAUAAGAAUCACUUCACUGAAAAUAUUUACCAGACCGAAACUGCAUUUUUAGGAUUUUUAAUUUUCCCUACCACCUUCAAUGGUUACCAAUAUUUCACCAGGUUUGGAUGAAUGAAGUUGAAACACUAAUGUCCCUUGAAGAUCUGGGCCAUGACUUGUCUAGUGUCAAGUUCCUCCUCAAGAAACACCAAGGAGUGGAGGCUGAUAUCGAGGUUCACGAUGCUCAGAUCCAGUCCCUUUGCGACCAAGCCCAGGUCUUGAUCGAAGAUGGUCAUUUUGAUGCGGGGAAGAUUGAGCAGGCAACAGAGAAUGUAUUGCAAAGGUGCAGUUACUUUCAUAUUCUUCCGAAAAAAGUUAUCGCACAACAUUUAUAUCUUAUCAUCUUCUGUAACUAAAGCCCAAAUUUUUUAAAGCUCAGGAGCGAAAUUAUGCUAGUUAAAAUGUAUGACGAUCUGGUAGUGUUUAAGGAUCGUGUCACUUUUUUUUUUUCCACAGAUUUGACGAACUGAAAGAACUGUCCUCCAACCGUCAGUCACAACUUGAAGACUCACUCGGUCUUCACCAGUUCUUUUAUGACAUUGAAAUGGAGAUGGCCUGGAUACGAGAGCACAUGACCAUGGCAACCUCGGAGGACCUGGGUACGAGUUUAAUUGGAGUUCAAAGACUACGGAAAAGACACUUGGUAAAACAUUUCUUCUUCGUCCUUUUAGAUAUAAUUUUUUAAUCCAUUUAGCUUAGGAUCUUUUCAAAUUUGAUUUAAUUCCUCUCCUCGGAGUGUAAAGUCAAUCAUUUUUUUGUGUGGAGGUUUUUCCUUCCCAGGAGCGAUUAAUAUCCUUUUAGUGUCCAUAUGUUAAUCAGAAAACAGUUGAUGAGAAUAAAUAACUUUUCAGCGAGAUCUCAUCAGUUGAUCAAGACCAAAUUCUAUUCUUUGAAUGAAAAGGAAACGUGUAGGAGCCAGGAGAAAGGAGCCUUGCAUGACGUCACCGUGAUUGGCAUCUCGACAACCUCAACGGAAGUCAUAACGCUUGAUUCUAAUGAUGGUUUCAGCUGAGGUUGUUGAAAUCUCCGUCUCUGUCACUAAGCACAGUCGUUUUUUGUAGAGCUUCUUUCUUCCAAACUUUGCCCGUUUUUGUCAAUCCUUUUGGGAGUUUUUUUUUUUUUUUUUUAACAAUUAUCGUAAUUUUUUUUCUUUUCAGGCACUGGAAAAUGAACUUUCCAACCAUCAAUUUCGUAUCGACACUGUGUUAGCUUCCGGUCAGGAUUUGAUCGACAGCAAUCAUUACGCAGCCGAUGAAAUAGAAGAAAGAUGCGAGGAACUGAAUGAGAGUUGGGAACUACUCAUGAAGGCUGCCGCUGAGCGAAAACAAAGACUUAGCGACGCUCUGGAAUCACAGAAGGUUAAUAAAUAUGCUUUAUUAUAUAGCUGGCAGCGCCGGUGGGCAAGGUAGACCGUUUCUUGUGUUCUGAUUGGCUACCUGAACGGGUAGCACGGACCCAUAUUGUCCGCUCGGGAUUGCCCGCUUUGAUUCCGUGCUAGAAAAAAAUUUUAAAAAUUCGUAAGGUUUUGACAGCAGUGGAGUUGCAAAAAUGCGGAAGAAGAAAGUCAAUACGCAGGAAACACGAACGAGUUUCGUGAAUUUGCUGCGCUGAAAAAAAAAAAGGAAAAAAAGAAUUCGGCCAAUUCCAAAAACUUUUUACCGAUCAGGCUUGGUCCAUAACACAUUUUCAUUGACAGAGCGCAAGGUCAAGAUGGCUGUUUUUACUUUGUACCUGUGUACCAAAGUGCAAAGACGAACGACCUCACACUCAGUCCGUGAAUGAUUUAUAGCAUGGCAGCGUAGGAGAUUAAAGAUUAGUGGUAAAGAUGAUUAAUUUAGGGUCAUUCUAUGCUUUGUCGCCCUCCUCAGUACUUUACAGAGGCUAAUGAAGCGGACUCUUGGAUGAAUGAUAAGGCUGGUCUGGCAGCCAAUCAGGAUUACGGAAAGGACGAGCUAUCCGCCGAAAAGCUGCUGACCAGGCACACUGCUUUACAAACAGCAGUAGAUACCUAUAGUCCGAUCAUCCAAGGUCUGGGCGAGCAGGCGAGGAAACUGGUGCAGAGUGGUCACUUUGCGGCUGAAAAGAUUGCCUCCAGACAGGUAAAUGCAUUCGUCAUGGAAAAAUUGUUUGUUAUGAGCACAAGGCGAUACUGAAAACUUGACAUCGACACCUCACACCUCGGUUUGUCAUCUUACAGGGGAAAAGCCAUUAUGCAAUAACUAAGUUUGCUUUCAUAUCGUUGCGUUUCAGCGUGACAUAGAGGAACAGUUUUUAGGGCUGCAGACGCUGACCAAUACGCGCCUUCAAAGACUGGAAGAGUCCAAGAAACUACAUCAGUACCUGCGUGAAGUGAAUGAAACCUCUGAGUGGAUUACAGAACAGCUUCAUGCUGCUUCGGCUGAGGAUUAUGGGAAAGAUUUUGAGCAUUUGGAGGUGUGUGUUCAAAAUAUGCUAAAACGGUUGAGCUCGUGGUCAAGGGUCGAGCUUUAUAUCAUUCGAAUUUUAACAUUGCCCUUUGUUUUUGGUUGCCUCUUGUGAAGUUAGGCAUUAGGUGGCGAUCGAAUCGAACUCUCAACAUCCCCCCUGGUAACCCCCCCCUCCCCCGGUAUUUGGACUGUUAAAGGUUGGCUCGUGCAAAUUCCCGUCCCCGGGCCAAAACUUUGUUCAAAUGAAAGACUCUUUGUAUGAUCAACGAAUAGAAGAAUUUAGCAACGUCAGCAAUUAGUUUUUUUGUGCUGCUGUUGGGUUUUUCGCUUGUAAGCAUCACUACGAUAUGAAUCGUCUUUCCUAGCCAUUCACUUACGAAAGCAGACUAUUAACCUUUAAACUCCUCCUUUAAAACACGUGUAUUACGCUGGAAAGACUUGACACUUCGGUUCAGAUGCCCCACCCUACCAACACAAGGUUCAAAUGUCCCACUCCCCGGGCGCGGACGACAAUCGAGGGGAUGUUGGAGCCUUAACGCGCACAUUUCGUAGCAUUUGUAAAUAGUGGUCCUCAAGACGAGUUCAAUGUGGCAAAUAUUUUUUAUCUCAUCACCAGGUGAUUCAAAGGAAGUUUGAGGACUUUCAACGCAGCGUCGUGGCUAAAGCUGAACGAUUUAGCGAGGUGGACAACUUCGCCAAACGUCUUGUGGCUGAAGGUCACACUGACACAGUGAUCAUCAAAGAACAACAAGAUAUUCUGAGGUGGGUAACACUCCUUUUCAGCUACUCUUUGGUCACGUCACAUAAUACACUGAGAGAAAGAGCAAGUUGCUUAGGGUUUAGUUUAACUGUUUAAAGUUUAACACACUAGUUUUUCAACAAGAAGAUUUUUACGUAAAAACUGCCGAUGCACAAGGGCAUUUUUUUUUCCUAACAUGAACUCUAAACGAUACAAGGAAAAGUAUACGCAACUAGGUUUCUCUUGGCAAUAGGGUUUUAGUCCGAAUGAGGCUUAACGAUGUGCUUGUUCAGAGGUAUGGCACGCCUUUGGUUGUCUCGUCUGUUUCGUUUUACCCUUCAGAUCCAUGUGGGCUCAACUUCAGGAUCAAAUCAAGCUUCGCACUAAGCGACUCGCCAGCGCCGCAGAGAUUCACGGGUUUAACAGAGACUUGAACGAGCUGAUCACUCGUCUCCAGGAAAAGGAUUCCUCGCUCUCCAUGGAGGACCUGGGCCGAGACAUGGCUAGCGUCCAGGGCCUUCACCGGAAGCACGAAGGACACGAAAGAGACUUGGUUGUGGUGCAGCAACAAGUUGAAACAUUAACAGCAGAGUCAGGAAAAUUGCAAGCUGCAUAUCAAGGUAGAUUUGAAAUGCCUACAUUGAGCAUACACGUGCAAAGUUUGUUCUGGUGGUAAGAGACUUGAGCUAGCCAUUGGCUGACCUUAGGAUAGAAAGGUGUGGGAGGGUUUUUAGCCAAUAUGUAAAUCAUCGUGAAACCAAAAUUAGAAACUAACAGAUAAGCUUAAACAUAGGAAUGGUCCAGGUGAGCUGCGUUUUUAACGGACCAAUACAAGAAAGCCAUAGUUAAGAGCAUUUCAUUUCAAUGUCGUAGAAAAGCAAUCACAACAGCCAGUCAUCAGAGUCGUUAAAAAAGUAAUCACAGCAGCAAAUCAGAACUGAGGAAACAUCUCGAUGAGCUAAUAAAGUCUCAGCUUAAAACGAGUAGUGUAUCUGUAGCGCGGGAAGAUGCGAGUAAGAAAGUCGCAAUUGGUUAUCGUCUAGCAUCUGAUUAGUUGAAAGAAUAGCGCUAGUGUUAGCUAGAAAGGAUAGAGUGAAUAUUCUACACCAAUCUCAGGGCGAGGUGAAGCAACGCCGAUACAUUUUAGGAUUACACCGAGUUGAAAUUUUCUCUACUGCACAGUAGAACUCGUAUUCAAUCAUUUUAUUUUUUAAUACCAAGGUCACACAGCUGAGAGCAUUAAAAAGCAUGAAGAAUUUGUACUGAGUUUGUGGGAUGAGCUCAAAAGGAAAACAACUCGAAAGAAAUGCAAGCUGCAAGAUUCAAGCGAUUUCCACAAGCUUAACAGCGAGGUGGGAAUAUCUUCCUCUAAACGUUAGAAGUUUUCAGAUUUUCCCUACAAAUCCUAAAUGGAAUAAAUGCUGAAUUAAAUGACAGUCAUUCUCGAAGUCUUUUUGUGAGGAAGAGAACGCUUUGCGUAACGCGAACAAACAGCGGUGAUAAAGUAAGCUGAUCCCCCUCCUGAAUCGAUAUUGUGUUUGGAUAGUUUAAAGGGGGGGGAGGGUUCCUCGUGUGAAUGGGACCAAUUUUUUUCUGCAGGGCGCAAUGUAUACACUUCUCUUUGUAAAACUUGCACGGUUUCCCUGGAAUUACACCACUCUGAAUCGAUAAUUCACUAUGGAAAAUAAGGGGGGCUUGCAAGGAAAAGAAUUUACUACUGAGAAAGUAUAAAAAAUUUCCUCGAUGCUGGUGAAACGCUAGAGUAGGCCUUCAUCCCAACCAAUCCUGCCAUCACCCUUUCUAGUGCCAGAUGAAUGUUUUUGUCAUUGUGUUAUUUAUGACGUCUGUAGAUCCGGGACCUUGUGUCAUGGUGCAUUGACAUGAGCCGCACCAUCUCAUCUGGUGAACCUGUGCAUGACGUAGUACACGCCGAGGCUCAGUUGAGGAGGAUUGACGAGCAUCGCGCUGAGAUGGAUGCGCGAGAAGAGGGCUUCCAAAAGGUCAUGGAGAUUGGCGAGAGGAUGAUUGACAAUGGCCACUUUGCAGCAGACGAGGUCAGUGUUUCGUUUGAUUUCUUCCUUGCUUCUUUCAUGAAGUAGGAGACGCGGUGGCUUAGUGGUCAGUGUACUGAGGUCCUGGGUCGAGACCUCGCCGAGUCAUUGCGUUGUCUUCUAGGCCAAGACACCUUCAGUGCCUCUCGUCUCCGAGGUAGAAAUAGUUACCAGCGAAUUACAUCGUCUCGCUGAUACGUUUGUCAUUUCUCACCACCUGUUUUUCGGAUAAUGCAUUAGUAUUAAAGGGGAAGGUAUAGAUUAAGGGGGUUAGCCGAACGGACGGUCAAAAUGAUUUUGUGAGAAGUCUUACCAUCCAGCUGGGAGAAAAACACAGAAAUGUGACAAGUUCUCUCACAGUUUGUGUAUUUUGAAAAGAGAAUGCGUGAAACAUUUGGAUCGGCUUUCAAUUUUUUGUUUCAAAUCGUUCAUCUUAUGUUGCUUGAUUAGUCAUAGCUAUUGUUACUUAUGUGUUUUUUGUGUUCUUAUCAGAUCGCAGAGAAGUUGGAACUGUUACUAACCGAACGUGAAAGUUUGUUUGCAACAUGGGAAGAUAACAAAACAGAACUCGAUCAAGCGUAUGACUUGCAGGUGUUUCUCAGAGAAGCGAAACAAAUCGAUACCUUAACAAGCACACAAGAGGUGAGACCAAUGUUGCUUGUAGGUUCUGACGUUUUCCAUGAUCUUUUUACUCUGCUGACUCACAGCAACAUAGAACCUAUUUGUUUUAUAUAGUUAAAAAGCAAAAUGUUGUUAACGGUGACGUCGUCUACGCAUCUGCCAUCCAAUAGGUAAUUGUUAAGAACCAAUCAAACUGCGCGUAUAACAAAACUUAUCAUAUAAUGCCCGCUUAGGACCAUGCCUAUCACAUACAUGCUAGUUCUUUGCAGUGACGCAUUCUUUUAUCACUAGGUUGUACUCGCCGGAGCAGAACUGGGAAGUAGCGUGGACGAAGUCGAUUCGUUACUCAGGAAACACGAAAACACAGAGAAGCUCGUUGCCUCACAGGAUGAGAAAGUGGCAAAUCUUUGUGAAUUUGGAGACACUUUGGUAGCGAACAGCCACAGCGAAUCUGACAAAAUACAGGGCAGAGUUCGUGGCGUGUGCGAACGGAGAAACAAAUUAAAUGAAGAGCUGCUGAAAAGAAGACACAAACUGGAGGAUUCGAGAAAGAUCGCGCAGUUUUAUCAAGACGUUGUUGAGGUAAAUAAACAGUGUAUCGAGGAUUUUUUUUCUCUAAGGCUUUGAGUUUCAUAACUUCCUGAAUUUAUCUCAAUUUUUGAGCGUAAUAAUCACAUCGUGCAUCUAGAAGGGAAUAUCUGUAAAUGGCCUUAAACGCGGGAAAACGUGUAAAAACAAGCUGAACCUUGUUUGGGUUUGCAUAUGAUUGGUUAUGAGGGUAAGACGAGUUUUCUGAACCAAUCACAGAGCUCGGUAGAACCAAACCAAUGUAAUUUUAGAUUACUUGCGACACUUAAAUAAAAAUUGUUCCAAAGCGUGCACCGCAGAGUAUUGCCACUCCAUUACAUGAAUACCAUUGUUUAAGGAGAUACUGAGACUAGUUUCCUAUGGAUGGCAACAAUUUUUUUUUUUAUUCCAUAGGCCGAAUCCUGGAUAACAGAGAAGCUCCAAACUGCCAGCGAUGACAGUUACAAAGACCCAGCUAAUUUGGAAACUAAGCUACAGAAGAACAAGGCUUUUGAAGCGGAGCUUACUGCACACGAGGAAGCCAUUGACGCUGUUCGGGAAACUGGUGAUGAGCUUAUCACAUCUGGGCACUUUGCGGCUGACGAAGUGGAACGCCGAAUCGAGGCGCUGUACCUUCACUGGGAGGAACUCCUGGAGGCGUCAGCCAAUAAAGGAAAGAGAUUAGAGGAGGCGAGGGAUCAUCAGAAAUUUACCCAAGAAGUCCACUUAGUUGACUCGUGUAUCAGCGAAAAGGUUGGUACUCCUGUGCAAUAUAUCUCUAAGGACAGGAUGCACUGUGGGUCCACAGACAGAAUGUUGUCCCCGCGUCGAGUUGUGAUAAUUCAAACUGAUUUGAAUUUGUGGAUGGUGGCAGCGAUUUGUUGUGGAAGAUUAACACGCGAACCAGUGUAUCACAGAGACCUUUCACAGCGAACUUUUUCUCCAUUCUAUCUUUUUGUCCAUUUGUUUGCGUUUGUGCUUUGAUGGUUCUGUUGUUCCAGAUCAAGGGGUGUUGCCUCUUGUUCCCCAUCCCCUUCCCCCCCUCCCUUCAGAAAAGAUCAGCUUUCUUGUAGUGGAAAUUAAAUAGAAAUGGUACAUCCAUGCCUUUGUUUUAUACUGGACUUUCGUAUUACAGGAAGCCGUUGUUUCUUCCGAUGACACUGGACGAGACAUAGAGCACUGUGUCCGACUGCAAAAGAAAAUGAAAGGAUUCGAUCAAGACUUAGCAGUAGAGGCUGCACGGGUAGAGACGAUCAACAAACUGGCCGAGAAACUCAUAUCACAGGCACACGCUGGGUCUGCGGAUAUCACCCAACGUCAGAAGGCGCUGAACGAGCGUUGGAAUCGCCUGCAGGAUCGAGCUGAAAUGAUCGAAAAGGCGUCAGGACAGGAUCAUAAACAAAAUUGUUCUGAUGAAGAUUCAUUUAUCAUAGUUUCGCGCCAAGGAACUAUGAAAUAGUACAUAAUAAUAGGUAGACCUCGGAGGACAAAGAAUUGAAAGGAUAAACCUCGUCAUUUGAACUGCUGUUUUUACGAAGUCUUAAUUUAAAAAUAUUCCUGAUUGGGAUUUUUAAAAGUAAAGCUAAUCAAGAACAGGAUGUUAAACAAAAUUUUUCUGAAUGAAGAGUCAUUUAUCAUUUUCGUUUUUUUUCAAGAGGGUAUGACGUUCAAUGAAUGCCCUUUAGCAUCUAAUUUCUCCUUACAAUAUCUCCCCUGAGUCACACAAUGAUUGAAAUGAUUACCAACUAACUAAGCUCUUGAUUUGUUAAACAAAUUUUUCUCGUCAGUACCUGUGGAAAUUUAUGGAGGACAGUAAGGCGAAUGUGCAUACUGAUGUAAAGGUUCAAAGGAUGAAAAGUUUUCGUUUUUUUGUUUUAGGCUGUGAUAUUUUCUAGUGAUGAUUACGGCCGUGACCUGCCUGGUGUCGAGGCUCUAUUGAGGAAACACGACGACCUGGAACGAGAUUUGACAGUCAUUGAAGGUAAAAUGGAGGCACUCGAAAGCGAGGCUCGUCGACUGGCUAGGUCCCAGCCCCACAUGGUAGCCACCAUUCAGGAGAGGCAAAAAGGAAUUAUAGAAAACUGGGAACGACUGAAUGACUUGUUCGAUGAAAGGUAAAGAGGGCUUUCAACAUGGUUAUGAGGCAGCAAAUGAUUUUUUUCGGUGUUGUUAACAAAACGACAAAUUUUAAUCCUAUUCUAACACAACCUUUGCAAAUUCUUACCAGGAAAGGAAAACUAGAAGCCAACCGACUCUUACAAAUUUUUCAAAUGGAUUACCGCGAUUUGAUGGCGUGGAUGACAGACCUAGCCACGCGAAUUUCAUCCGGGGAAGCAGCCAAGAAUGUCAGAGAAGCAGAGGCGUUGCUCGAACUACACACAGAGAGAAAGGUACUGUGAGGAAUGAGUGUUCACUGUGACGGAGGACUAACGCUUGCCAUGUCAGCUUUAGAAACUCUUCACGGAGGCCGAUGUACGUUAUCGACUCUAUUGAUAAAACCAAAUUAUCCUGUUACACCCCUACCGACUCAGCACCAAGGUUUCUUUAGAAACCUAUUCUCUUUACUCCUGAGUGUUUUGGCUCUUUCUUGACUUCUCUUCUUUCACGUGAUCUUCUCGUGCCCAGUCUGUUGCAGGUUAUGACAAGAGAAACUUCAUCCAGCUGAUAAUCUAAUUGUCUGUGUGCCGGAUGAUCUAUUUAUAUUGUAAAUAGGAAUUGUAUGUUUAUCCCUUCUUGGAGAUUAAAGGUUGAAGUGAUGUGCUCUCUUUCUUUCCCAGGGUGUAAUCGAGGCUCGCUUGGAGUCGUUCAAUAGUGCGCAUGCGUUUGGGCUCAGUUUGGUGGACCAGGGACACUUUGCAACAGAAGAGAUUCAAGAGAACUGCGAAGAAAUGAGUCUUGUCAAAGACGAGUUGUUGGAGUCUUGGGAAGAGAGACAAAUAGAGUUAUCCCAGUCUUUUGAAUUACAGGUGUGGUAGACUUGACUAUUUGGCUAAGUUGUGUUGUGACUUAAGGUCACCGUCUUCACGCAACGUUUCGAAGGAGAGUGUCUCUUGCGUUGCGUGUUAUUACAGCAAAAGGCCGCUUAGUGUAGAUACCAUAUACAAAUCUUUUUAAGUCGAAAAUAUCCCCGAAAUUUUCAGUCCUUAAAGUAGAAAAAUAACAGAGAAGCACAUGAAGUCCAAACGUCUAAAGACUGAUCGGCUACAAAGUAUAUUAAAAAAACACACACACAUUUGUUGCGAGCUGCAAUUUAGAGGCUUCAUUGAAAUGGUUUAAACCUGUGACCAGGGUUACGUUUUUGGCCUCAAAACGCGCUCUAAUACUUACCAUUGUCUUUCUAGCUGUUUCUACGGGACGCGGAUCAGGCCGACACAUGGAUUUCAACAAAAGAAGCGUUUUUGCAGGCAGACGAAUCAAGCGACAGCUUGGACACAGUGGAAACACUGCUUAAGAAUCAGCAUAACUUCGAAAAAUCACUGACAGCCUACGAAGAGAAGAUCAAAGCUAUACAACAAUCCGCUGACCAGCUCAUACAGAAGGACCACGUGGACUCGGGCCUAAUUAGCAAAAGAUGCAGAGAAGUGUUGGAAAACUGGGAACGACUGAAAACGCUGGCCACUGCAAAGAUUGGAAAUCUUGGUGAAUCAAGGAAGCUGUUUCAGUUCCUUAGGGAUGCUGAGGAGGUGAGAAACAAUGGUAGUCUGUAUGUUUUACUUUUUCAGUUUAACACGCAGUGUAAUAGUAUUAACGAAAAAAUUUCGCGAUUUUGAUUGGCUGAAAACGAGUGCAUUUUUCAUGUAAAACGAGUGCAAAUUUCAAAUAGCGCGCGCGCUGCCAAAAUAUUUUGUCUUGACUUUCUGUGAUGCGUUUUUUAUGUAAAUUAUUAACAAGUAACAACAUGAUUCCGCGUGCAAUUUGGUGUAAAUAAGCACUUGCAAAACUUUUCAAAAACCACAAAUUGCACUCGACCUACAGGCUUGUGCAAUUUUGUUGUCUUCGAAAAUUUACUCGUGUUUAUUAGCCCCAAAUCGCAAGAGAAAUCAUGUUAUUACCUAUACUAAUUGUAGAGGCCAUUUCUAAAUUACCUUUGGCCUCCUUUUCGAAACGAGGCCUGCUGCUCGACCACUCGUACGAAUACGAGUUUAAUUUGCAUGCGAAUGAAAACUUAUAAUAAUAUGAAAGGAUGAGCACCAGGACUCGCUUUGAAAAUGAGGCCAAGGUGAUUCGGAAAUGGGCUAUUGUGAAAAGAGACUGAAUAUCGUUAUUAUAAACCUAGCUAGUUUAGCUCAGCUAUUUCAACUGCGCGAGGGACCUGCUUUACAUUGCCAUGAUGCGCGUCUAUUUCGUGCGUGUAUUACAUUGAAUUACGAGGUUCACGCGUGACACGCAUGUAGCGCGCAUCCUGCAUAUUGCCAGGAUCAGUAAUGUCGAAUUUCGCUUUCUUGUAACAGAUUGAAUCGUGGAUGAACGAGAAACUACAAACAGCUUCCGAGGCAUCGUACAGAGAAACAUCUAACCUACUUCAAAAACAACAAAAACAUCAAACUUUUGAAGCCGAGUUAGCUGCUAACAAAGGUCAGCUUGACAAUGUGCUUCGCGCUGGACAGACUCUGUCGGAAUCCACUCCCCAAUCACGUGAAACAGUAGAAACGAGGCUUAAAGAUGUCAAAGAGUUGUGGAAGCUUUUGGGUGACAUGUCGAGCAGUAAAGGUCAGCGGUUAAAGGAAGCGAUUCAAAGGCAGACGUUUGAGAAGAACGUUGGAGACUUGGAAACGUGGAUUUCCGAAGUCGGAAAUACUUUGGCAUCAAAAGAUUUCGGUAAAGACGUGAAAAGUGCUAACAAUCUGAUCAAGAAGCAUCAGUUGCUCGAAGCAGACAUUACAUCUCGAGAGGAGAGAGUGAACGAUAUACUGAGUCAAGCGAUAGAGUUUGUUGAGGCAGAUCAUUUUGAGAAGGAUGAAAUUGAAGACAGAGCGCAAGCGGUGGCAGAAAGGUAAUCCUUUGUUGAAAGAGAAAAAUGAAAUCAGUAUUUUUGAUCUAACCUGAGCUCUCCUUGAAACAUUCCAUCCAGCUUGGUGAUGGUCUAGGUGAGAGUGGUUCUGAAAAGUACUCAGUGACAGUUACUGACGUUUCGACAACUUGAGCUGAAGUCAUCUUUGGAGUCAAGCGGGGAAUUGUCUUUUCAGUCAAAUGUCUGUUCCGUGAAAAUUAUUGUAAAUACUUUUAGUUUUGCAGUGUUGUUAUCGGCCGAAGACUUGAGUAGCCCUCAUCCGUAAAAAACGACCAGUCGGUCAUUAUAGACCAGACUUAAGACAUUUAGCCAAUAAAAGACAACACUUUAACUGACUCUGAUGUUGGGAAUACACUCACCUGGAUGAUCACUGGCUCCACGCGAUCGACUGACACUCCUUAUUUCAGCUUCUAUUGAGAAAAGAACUCAGAAAACCAGAGUUUUAAUCGAGGAAACGUUAUAGCAUUGUACGAAUACUUUUGAAGAUGAAGGCACUGCUCAUUUGAGAAUAUAAACACUGGUAUGAAGUUUGUUAAGUGUUCUUUUGUUUUAUUUUAGAUUUAAGUGCCUUUCUGAGCCAGCUGAAGCACGAAGAAACAAACUGCAAGAUUCACUCGCUCUUCAGCAGUUCCUCUCUAAUGUGGAAGAAGAGCUGGCCUGGAUACGAGAUGAGGAACCGCUGGUCAAGUCAGAUGACCUAGGGCGCACCCUCAUCGGUAUGAAAAAUUAGAACAUGCCAAAGAAAAAGAAUAUUUCUUCUCUCUUUUCUAUAAAUCACAAAUAAAAUUUAAAAACAUGUUUUAUCUGCAGGAGUUCAAAAUCUUGUCAAGAAACAAGAGACAGUGGACUCAGAGAUCACAGCGCAUGAACAGCUGAUAAAUACCGUUAUGUCUACCGCUGACCAACUCAUUGAGCGUGAGCAUUAUGCUUCCGACGAGAUCGAGGCUCGAUGUGCUGACUUGCAAGAAAAAUGGGCCGAGCUGACGAGUUUGUCAGCAACACGUCAUCAGAAUCUGCAGGAAUCCCUCAAGGCUCAGCAGGUCAGAAAUAGAAUCUGAAACCUUGAAACGAGAAGGCCGAGACGAUUUUUGCGAGUACCACUUGUACUUCUACAAUCCCCUUCCAGAGCAACCAUAACUUUUUUUUUCGCUUUGAUAAAGUUAUUGUGCGAAUUCCGCUACAAGACAUUACCAGAUCAUCACUGGAGCCUGUCAGAAACACUGGUGUCCGAUUAUUUAAACCAAGUUUAGCCGUUGUUUAACAAAAGCGCAAAACAAUCCUCAAUUGAGCGGAACCUUUUAUCUGAACAUUUAUUUCGGUGAACAGUAUAAAGAAGGCUGAAAGCUAACAGAGUAAGGACAUUUAUUUAAUGAAAUCAACCCACUUACAGAGAAUUCCUGAAGCCCACUGACUUCGUAAAACCGUGGUUUGGGUUAGACUUUGCGUAAAUAACGGGCCCUAAGUUUUUACAUUUAUUUAUAUGUAGCUCCAACAUUAGUACGGCGAACUAUUUGUUAUUUUUGCAUUGUUAGAGGCAUAUCAAUACCCAUCCUUUUGCAGGUGUUUAAAAGAAUCAGUCUUUAUACAGUGUAGUGUCAGAGUCAUCGUAAUGUUGUAAUCGAAGAUGGUCCUUUCAUGGAACAUGUUACAUUCUUGAAGAUUCUCGUCCAACUUUGAAUAUUUUUUUCUUGAAAAAACACGCCCUUUGUUUUCAUAUAUUUCGUCUUGUAACACUGGUGUUACCUUCAUUUCCUCAGUUCUACACGGAAGUUACUGAAGUGGAGACCUGGAUUCGAGAAAAGUUGCCACGAGUCUCCAGCGAUGACUAUGGCCGGGACGAAACUAUGGCCCAGUCCCUGCUGCGUAAACAUGAGACUCUGGAACUGGAAUUAGACAGUUAUAGGGCAAAAGUCGGUGAUCUCAGAAACACGUGCCAGGCGCUUGUUACAGCUGGGAAUUUCGACGCUGAAAAGAUUCAAAGACGCCAGGUAAUAAGAAACAACUUGUAACGUUUAUAACUAAGUGAGCUUAGACAAAAUAUGGGAUUGAAUUAAUUUUAUUCUACUUCUGCUCUAUGAAUUGCCCAGGCAGACGUGCCAUCAUUUUAACGUAUCAAAGGGUAGGCCAGGCUUACAUUUUCAUAGUUAACUCAGGCUGCCUGAAGCGUGAAAAACCGCGAGUGAGCAAGUCGCGAUCAGUAUCGAUUUUGCAUCUGAUUGGUUGAGAAAAUGGAGCGAGUUUUCUGAACAAUUGGUGACCGAGGUAAAGUUAAAUUUAUGUAAUCCGAGAAUGGUUUACACACUUAUUGGAAAGUUUCUCCAAGCUACAGUUGCUAACCGUCUUAAUUCUCCUAACCCAUUAUCGGUUGUUCUUAAGCGGUGUUACGAUCGCUCCAUGGAAUCAAAGGGCGUAAUUGUCUUUCUUUCUUCCUUAGUCGGAGAUGGAGACUCGUUUUGAACAACUGAGCGAAAAAUCCUCGUAUCGUCGCCAGCGUUUGUUAGAUUCCAACCAGCUGUUCAACUUUUUCCGGGAAGCCGACGAAGUUGAGUCGUGGAUUGCUGACAAGGAAUCGAUUGCCAUGUCGGAUGACUACGGUCGCGAUAUUGAGCAUGUAGAAACUCUGCUCAAGAAGUUUGAAGACUUCACACGUGACUUGGUGACUUCUGGCGAGAGGAUUGCCAGUCUUACCACGCAAGCGCAAACUCUUCUGGAUGAGGGUCACAGCGAAGGAGAAGUAAGUAAUGUUGGGCUUUUUGUUUGUAUUUGGGUAUGGCUUCCUGAAAAUGUACUAAUUUACAUAAAUUCCUCAUCAUUUUUAUGCCUUUUCUCCAUUUCUUACGCAUGAUCUUUUUGGUCGAUGGCUGUUUUGAAAUAAGAGUAUGUAGAUAUGUCAGUUGUAUCUGAGAUUUUAACGUUUUUUUGAGGACUAUUUUAUGAAAGCAAUAAUUCCAUGUUAACGGAGCAUCGUCUCACAUCUCGAGGAGGGGGUAUUUUUGCGACUGCCUCUAAGGUUUUCGUAGCUUUCUCAAAUUUCCCUAAUUCCCUUCUUGUUUAGUUUAGACUAUGUAAACACGGAUAAAAUCCUCUUACAUGGUUUAAGUAUAAAUCGGACCAAGCUAUGUUUGUUCUCUUAGUCUGUCCGUCUACAACAGUGUGGAACUUCCUUUGAAGGGAAGCCCUUUACACUAAAUUUCGUGACCUUGAAUAGAAGUGUCUCAAAAGUAAUUUCCUCUAUACUCGUAAUUUGAGGAAGCUGUGCUCAAUACUGAUUACCAAGAUAAUAUUAAUAUACAGAGCAUAACAAAGAAAUCUAUUCAAAUCAACGAGUGAGGUAGGUCUGAAUUGUUUAUUUUUCUUCAGGCAAUAGAGAAUCGUAUGGAGGAGGUUUGUUCUAUGUGGGACACAUUGAAAGAGAGAACCAACGCGCGCCUUGAAGCACUGGACCGAGCGAGAGAAAUCCACGCCUUUAAUCGAAAUGUGGAAGAUACAAGGGCCUGGAUCCAAGAGAAAGAGGCGGCUCUUAUGUUCUUUGACGAUGGGGCACGUGAUCUGAGUGGUGUCCAGGCCUUGCAAAGGAAGCAUCAAGGCUUCCAAGUGAGUAAUUCUUUAAUUUUAAAAUAUUAGCUAGUUUUAAUGAUAAAUUAAUAAUACAAAUGCCCUUCCCUUUUUUUGUUGUUGUUUUUUGCUAAGCAAACUUUGUUGAAUGGUGGGAUUAUUUUGAUUUAUGGUCAAUGUCAAUGAUGUUCGAAGAAAUAAAUGAAGAAAAUUAAAACUGAAACUCAAAACGUUAUGCCGUUGGGGGUUAUGGGGCGAGCACCCUAAAUAACGUGACGUAGCAUGUAAAAUAUGGCGUGACACUCGUGACAUCACCAUACCCGAUAUCAUCACUCUGGACUUAGGUUAUGUAUUCCUUUACAGUUGGAUCUGAAGGCCCUUGGAGAAAAAGUGCAAUCAAUCGCAAACGAAGCAGAGGACCUCGCUUUAAAGUUCCCUGAGGGUCAGGAACAUCUUACAGAACAAAGGGACGAGGUGGUGUCAUCAUGGCGUCGCUUACAGGAGAAAGCCAGCAGUAAAAAAUCCAACUUGACCCAAUCUGAGGAGCUGCAGAAGUUUUUAAAUGACUUCAGAGAUCUUAUGUGAGUGUACUUUGUAGUUUGCUCAAUUUAAUUGUUUACGUCCCUUUUUUUGCUGUGGGGUCGAUAGGGCAAGGUGACCAACUGAAGGGAUUAAACGUUUUCACGAACAUACAACACUUUCGGUGGGAGCUUAGAAGGAUGUUUUACUCUCUCACAGAGAAAUUAGGCCAUUGUUCGUUCUCGUUUCCAGUCUCUCCCUAUCGCUCCAUUGGCGGGAAUGAGAGAGACUCUGGAAACAAUGUUGAUCAUUUUUGUAGGUUGCUUUGUAAAAUAGGAAAACACUCUCCAUCCCUGGUUUCAGUUGUAGCACAAACAGGAAGCUAUUUCUUACGACUGUUCACUUUUUAAGUGGUCGUUGAUCCGUAAGUUAUUGAAAUAAACGAGUUUGUUAGAAAGAUCGAAACCCAUUUUCUUAGAGGAAACGUUUUAUCUUCCUAGGUCGUGGAUCAAUCACAUGUCAUCUGUCCUCAAAGACGACGAACAGCCUGAUGACGUCACAAGCGCAGAAAACUUUCUAGCUCGUCACCAGGAGCACAAGGCCGAAAUAGACACGCGGCAAAAGAGUGUCAAUGAAUUCUUUGAAGCCGCUGAUACUCUCAUCGCCGACGGUCAUUCUGCGUCUGCAGACGUUAAGGAAAAGAAGCAGCGACUUCAUAAAGAGUGGUUGGCGUUGCAAAACACAUGGCAGGAGAGAGGCACAGAAUUAGAACGAAGUAAAGAAGUGCAGGUCUUCAAACGAGAUGCUGACCAAUUGGAGGCGUGGCUCAAUGCACGUGACCUUGAUCAGGAGUCCGGUGACGUGGGCGACUCGUUGGAUGCUGUGGAGGAAUUGAUAAAGAAACACGAGGAGUUUGAGAACAUGGUUCUAGCACAGGAGAUGAAGUUGUUGGGAAUUAUAAAACUGACUCCACAGGAACAAGGAAUCCAUAAACAGAAGGAAGAAGAAAAUGAGAUGAGGAAGGAAAGAGAGAGACGGAAGAAGGAAGAGGAAGAAGAAAAGAUAGAACGGGAGCUGAGGGAAAAGAAAAGACUGGACGAAUUGAGGCGAAAAGAGGAAAAUGAUCGGAAAGAAAAAGAAAGGAAACAACGGGAGGACAGAGAAAAAUUACGGGCUUUGGAGGAUAGAAAGAGGGCUGAGGAAACAGCGAAAAUGGACGAGAAAAGGAAGAAAGAAGCGCAAAGACAGCGCAUGAUUCCUGAGGAACAAAGGACGCAAGGGGAACAUAGGAAUGCGCUUGAUCGGUUCGAUAAAAAUCAAAACUACAAACAGUCAAGUCAGGUUGGUAGUCCAAAAGAUGAGCGCCAGGCUUCCUCAACAUCAGUUAUUGAGGGAAUCUUGCAGCGCAAACAGGAAUUUGAACCGGGUGCGAAAAAGUCGCCGUUACGUGCAUGGAAGACGCUGUACACUGUACUUCGCGGUCACCAACUUUUCUUCUAUCGCGAAAAGAAGGACGCGCAGAGUUCAAACUAUGCUGUCCCUCCCAUUGACGUGAAAGAUGGCUUCUGCGAGGAAGCUGGCGAUGCUGCAAGAAGGAGGAACGCUUUUAGAGUCCUCUGUGAUGACGACUCUGACUAUCUCUUUGUAGCGAAAGAUCCUUCCGAUCUUAAGCGCUGGCUCCGAUGCAUUAGCGAAGCGGCUGGCCAAACGGACCUACCCAGUCCUCCUCCGCCACCUCAAGGUGCACGGCCAAUAAGUCUAAAGUCUCCACCACGAACCAAAGGCGAGGAAAGCCCGGAAUCCCCGAAACGAACACAGCCUUACGGUCGAACUUAUAAACCAUUAAUCACCGUUACGAGCUUUGAUGACGACGAGGACGUCCUCAUAGAUCCCCCACCCCCUCCCCCUGUUAGUAUCCUCCCUCCCUCUAUUCCUUCAGACUUUUCCAACAUUGGUGUACCUGUGGGCGGCGAUCUCAAAGAUAAACUUUACCUCGUAGAGGAUUUAGAGAGCCUUCCAUUAGAGCCGGAUGAUCCCCCAACCGUUCCUCCCCCGGAUUUUGCUGACUUUGACGGCCCCUCCGAUGACGAGCUUCCUGUUUUACCGACAUCACCUCCACCAGAGUUUCUUUCUGACGAUGAGAAUGCUUUUGAUAACGACUUUGAAGAUUCCUCUCCUGCUUACAAACCUUCAUUAAUGCAUCACUCUGCGGCAUCUCCCAAGGAGAAGACAAGACCGACCCCUCCCCCAGUGGCACCUAAGCCGGAGGGGCGCACGCGAUCAGACUCUAAUGACUCGCUGCAAAAAGGUCCAAAACCUCCCGUCAAACCUAAACCCAUUUCUGACAGAACUCAUCUGCAUGGACAGCGGUCAUCAGACAAUGGGCAUGCCCAAGACAUUCCCAGCCCUUUACGGUCAGCGGUACACAGCGUGGAGAGUCCGCCUGACGACAAAAAGAACGAAAAGAGGAGAGGAGUUUUGGGAAACAUUUUCAAAAGGAAAAAGUGACACAUGAUAAAAAAUCAAUUUUUUUAAAGACACAUAGAAAUCAAUUUUUUAAAGUAGAAAUUAGCACUUGCUGAAGUGUUUAGAAUUACCAGUUGUGAAGAAUGCAUUUUCAAACUGCUACACAUAUUUUCAUUAGAACUAGAUUUUUAGAGGAAUUUUUGUGAUAUUUUUUUAUAAACCAUGUGUCAAAAAUUUCUAUUUAAAUGUAGAUUUUAUAAUAUUUAAAUGUAAAUAAAGUAUUUUUUACUAUUAGAUAAUAAAAGGGAAAACC